GAGUUAUUUGGAAAUGGAGAAGCUGUUCAAGGUGUACGUGUAUGAAGAAGGUGAGCCGCCACUCUUCCAUGAUGGCCCCUGCAGGAGCAUAUACUCUUCGGAGGGAAGGUUCAUCAACAGCAUGGAAAUGGACUCCCGGUAUCGGACUAGGAACCCUGAUCUUGCUCAUGUCUUCUUUCUGCCGUUCAGCGUCGCCAAGAUGGUUAAAUUCAUAUACAAGCCCGAGUCCUUCGAUAUCUCCCCGAUCAAAAAGACCAUUGCUGAUUACAUCGAUGUCGUCGCCGAAAGAUAUCCUUACUGGAACAGGAGCCUGGGUGCAGAUCAUUUCAUGCUUUCCUGCCAUGAUUGGGGGCCUCAUUCCUCCAAAGCCGUGCCUAAUCUUUACGGAAACUCCAUUCGAGUCUUGUGCAAUGCAAACACGUCCGAAGGCUUCGAUCCUUCCAAGGACGUAUCGCUGCCAGAGAUCAACAUCAAGACCGACGUCAUGGCCGACAUGAUGGGAGGGCCAUCCGCCUCGCACCGCCCCAUCCUCGCGUUCUUCGCCGGUGGAGAUCAUGGCCCUGUCCGGCCGCUGCUUCUGGAGGCGUGGAAGGACAAAGACCCCGACGUCCAAGUCCACGAGUACCUCCCCAAGGGAGUGUCCUACUACGACAAGAUGAGGAAGAGCAAGUACUGCUUGUGCCCGAGCGGGUACGAGGUGGCGAGCCCGAGAAUCGUGGAGGCCAUCUACCUCGGCUGUGUGCCGGUCACCAUCAACGACCACUACGUGCUGCCGUUCAGUGAUGUUCUCGACUGGAAGGCCUUCUCGGUGCAGGUCUCGGUGGAGGACAUCCCAAACAUCAAGAAGAUCCUGAUGGGCAUCUCUCCGACGCAGUACAUCAGGUUGCAGAGGAGAGGGGCGAUGGUGCAGAGGCAUUUCGUGGUGAACAGCCCUCCCAGGAGGUUUGACGUGUUCCAUAUGAUCCUUCACUCCAUAUGGCUUCGAAGGCUCAACAUCCGCAUGCAUCGUCCCCAGGUCUCUGAUUGAUCCCGGAGCCCUCCUCCUCCUGCUGCUUUGAUCGAUUGUUACCAUACAGCCAUUUUAAUUACAGUAUCCGUGAAUAUCACUCACUUACAGAAGUCUGAUUCUUUUU